AUGAUGUCAAUAGACCAUCAAAAGAACCAUUUUAAAAGAUCAAGAGAUGAGAUUGAAGAAGGGGAUAAUAAAGAUUCAAAUAAUCAAUAUGAUAUAUUAUUAAAGAAAAGAAAAUUAGAAAAUGAUAAUCAAAGAAAUAAUACCACCAAGGAUAAUGAAUUCCAACAAAAGAUGUACAAGUCUUAUAUCAAAUCUGCAUUAGAUGCUUUGGAAAAUAACUCAAAUUCUUUACAAUUAGAUACUUUAGCUAAUCAAAUUUCACUACCCAAAUCUCAUCCUGAAUCUAUAUCACAAGAAAAUUUUGCUAUAAUAAUUCAUACAUUAACAAAUAAUAUAUCAAAAUUAGAUGGUAAAAAUUGUGAAAAUUUAUUAUUUUCCAUAAUAUCAUAUCAUAAAUGGUGGAAAUUAUCUUUACAACAUUUAAAUAUUUAUAAAAAUUUUAUUAAAAAUUUAUGUUCAUAUUCACCAAAAUGGUGGAAUGAAAUUUCUAUAAUAUUAAUAUCUCAAUUAACUUUACCCACAGCAAAGACUUUAAAUCAUCAUGAAUUAAUUAAAUUUUUCAUAAAUAUAAUACCAACUUCAAUCCAUUCAAUUUUUAAAAAAUUAGUGGAAAAAUUCCCAAAUAAACAUAAUAAAAAGGAUGAAUUAAUAAAUUAUGUUGCAAAUUUAUUAAUUAUUGUUGGGUAUUGUUCUGAAUUACAAUAUAAUAUUUGGUCAUUAAUCAUUGAACGUUCUAUUCAAAUUGAUGUUGAAUUACAAAAUGAACUAGAUGAAUUAGAUGAUGAUGAUGAAGAUGAUGGGGAUAGUGAUGAUGAAGAAAUUGAUGAUAGAGAACGUAAAGUACAUUUUGAAGAUGAAGAAGAAAGUGAUGAUAGUGAUAGUGAAGAUGAAGAUGAUGAUUUAUUGGAAGAAGAAGAAGAAAUUAAUGAACAUGCAAUUCAAGCUGCAAAUAUUGAAGAUUUAUCUGAAAAAUUGGAUAGUAUAUUAUCAUUAGUUUUCAAUCAUUUAGAAAAAUAUGAAAUGAAUAAUGAAGAUGUUGAAGAGAAGAGUAUUUUUAUAUAUAAUACUCUAACAUCAUUAUUUAAAUCACAUAUCUUACCAACUUAUUAUACAAAAUCAACACAAUUUAUAAUAUUUUAUUUCACACAAAGAGCACCUGAAUUAAUGGAUUCAUUCUUGGUUACUUUAAUUGAUUUAUGUUUUUCACCUGAAGAAACUAUUGAAAAAAGAAUCAAAUCAUUACAAUACCUAAGUUCUUACAUCUCAAGGGCAAAUCAUUUACAAAAACAUCAAUUAAUGUUUGUAUUAAGUUUCUUAAUGUCUUGGUUAAAUAAAUAUGUUGAAGAACGUGAAAUUGAAAUAUCAGGAUCAAUAAAUAUGGAAAGAUUUAAAUUAUUUUAUUCAACUUUCCAAGUUUUAUUAUAUAUUUUUUGUUUUAGACAUUCUAUAUUGAAAAAUGAUGAUGAUGAAUGGGAACUUGGGUUAGAUAAAUUUUUCCAAAGAAUUUUAAUAACCAAAUUUAAUCCAUUAAAAUUUUGUAAUGAAAAUGUUGUUUUAAUGUUUGCUAAAAUUGCACAACAAGAAAAUGUUGCAUAUUGUUUUUCAAUAAUACAAAAAAAUAAAAAUGAAAAAUUAAAAGGUAUAAGUGGUUCAAAUUCUACAAAUACUAAUUCAAAUCAAUCAUUAUCCAAGCAACAAUUUGUUGAUUUAGAAGGUUAUUUCCCAUUUGAUCCAUUAUUUUUGAAAAAUUCUAAAAAAUUCUUGAAAAGUUAUUAUAUUGAAUGGAAUUCAAUCUCCAAAGAAUAUGAUAGUGAUACUGAUGAUUUUGAUGAUCUUGCUAAUGAUGCUAAGGAAGCUGUGCGUCGUAAUUCGAUGAAUCAGGGAGAUAAUGAUAGUGAUAUGGACUGA